UUUGAGAUUUAUAUUCUUAAGUGCAUUCUGAGAUUGAACUCAUGCAUGUUGAUCACAUUGAGGCUCAUGCUAAACAGUCUCAUAACCAGGCUACUGUGGCAAAAAAGCUCAGUCACCACCAGCGCAACUGCUGGUAGAAGGGCCGAUCAACCCGGGACCCUCAACAUUUUAUACGGAGCUUGCGAUCGCCGAUCACGUGGAUUGGCGGUCGCAGCGAGUGUGUGGGCCGAAGCGGUCGGCCCGCAAUCCUGUCGAACAAUAUGCAUGACUUUGAUGAUAAAUAUAAGAAAGAUGUGUACGAGUGAUAUUUAAUUGAAAAAGAUGCAUAUUGAAUGAUAAUUGAAUGAUUCAGAGAAACAUGUAUAUUUUGAUUUCUUGGCAGUGUUUUGCUACAAAUUUCAGAGCGCUGGGAAAAUUCUGUUCGCAAGCAAUCUGUCCACCAUCAAAACCAACACCCAAAACUACUACAGCUUCUGCGCUGUCCAACUCACCCCUGCGGCCUCCAACGCAUCAUCCCCAUCAACAAGCACACACCAGCCCUCACUCCCAUUACUGCCCGCCUCCUCCCCCGCAAUCGCCGCCUUGAAGUUCUUCCGCGCGUACUCUAGCACCUCGUUAUCAAAGGUUCCCGGCUGUAGCCACACGGCGGGGAUAUCCAACGUCUUUGCCUCCUUCAGGACCGCCAGCGUCACUUUGGGUGGGGUGACGAUGGAGAGAGAUGUCUGGGUAGGCACCUGGAGAGCGGAGGGCGACGGGACAGUCUUGUAUGUCUUUGAGGGCAGGGGGAUUUCGGAGGCCCGCGGGUUCAAGGGAGUGACGGGGAGGGAGUGCUGGUGGUACCAGGCGAGGACUAUUCGUGGUGAAAUGUUACUAUGAGCAUCCAGGAACAUCAAAUGGCUUAUUUUCAUUUUUCACCCGUGUGGAUUGCUUAUAUAUAUAACUCACUCUUGUAGCCAAACUUGCUGGGAUCGGUGCUGGCGCCGGCGACGGCGAAUCGUGGAGAGGAGAAGAAAAGUUUUGCAGCGGCCUCCAUUUUCUGGUCAAAUGGUGUGUAUUGAUUUCUUCUGGAAAAUAUGGAAUGGUAUCCGGCGUAUAUGGAGUUGUUGAGAGAUGCUGGCUGUGUGGUGUCUUAGGAAGAGGUUUACUGUUUUUACCUGACUACUAAAUAUUUUGAAUUGCCUGAUAUUUACCCCGCCGAGGUCCCGACCAGCUCCAAACUUCUGUCUACUCCGCAAACUAGGAACACAAUGGUCGGGUUACGUUACCCUGAUUCCUGUUCAACGAGUAAAGCAUUCAUUGUCCGAACAACAAACACCAACAACUCGCUUCUUUAACAUACGCCUCAGCAACCCCUCUAUUGAUUUCAAUGAGAUACGCUCUGGUCAAGGCCAUCAUUCAUACUCUCCAGGUCCAGGUUAAAUCAAUGGGUCAGUCAAGAAAUUCUAAUCCGUACAUAGACAAGCAUUAAAUUGAAUGCCGGCGCAAUCAAUCAAGGUCAUGUGACCUUGGGCUUUCUUCAUUCAUGGACAUCUCGCGGCAACAAGAGUCAGCUUCGAAACCUUGCGACGAGAGAACUUACGUAUCAGCACGAAAGCUUCUCCUUGGGCCACAUGGCACACACGUAAAGCACCAUAUAAUGAUUUGACAAUAAGAUGAAUGUGCGGUAAUGCCGCUGCAAGAUAACAUAUUCUUGAGUGGUGCCAGAGUAUGCCUCCAUCCCUACCCCGGAAACGGGGACUGUCCGAAGAGCCAUUCCCCAACAAGCGUCCUGCGCUUGAACUCGCAGAUCUAGGACCAUCAACAAGAGAAUAUGCGAACGAAAUCGCAGCGGGAUUGUCUGAUAACGACUCUGAAUCACCCUUGACCUCGAUAGCUUCCACAGAUACGGAUGAAGGGAACCAAGGACAUAAAACAGACGAUGAUGAUGAUGAUGAUGAUGAUGAUGAUGAUGAUGAAGAGAACUGGGAAGAUGCGCUGCAGGCGACCUCAGCGUCAACUCCCGUUACACCGGAAAGCUCUACAGCGCCGCAAGACCUCGAGCUUACACUGGAAAAGAAUCACACCACACUUACAGACCCCGUAGCUCCGGGCAAGAAAGGCCCCAGCAAGAUUGAACGGGAGAUACGCAUCCCAAAUACAUUGCAUGCACAACUCCAUCAGAUUCUGCGAGACCAGUUACCACCCGCUAUCAAGAAGGAAAUCGAGAAAUGGGAGAUUGCCGCUGGCCGGAAACAACCUGAGCCCCCGCCCAAUAUCGGAAAAGGGAAAGGGAAGGAUAAGAAGAAAAGUAACAAACGGCAACGAGACUGGGGGGAAGAGGCUUCUCGUCUAGAGCCCGGCCAGCCAGAUUUGAGCGGGGGAGAUCCCACAAUCCAGCUUCUGAGGGUUCUUGCCGCGUACUGGAGGAAGCGUUUCAAAACUACAGCUCCUGGGCUACGGAAAAUGGGGUAUCGACCUAUCGCGACGCUUCAGGAGGAAAUCCGCUCUUUCCACAAAGGUGACCAUGAUAAAUAUGACCAUGGUGAGCGGAUUGGGAAUCUAGAUGAGUUUCGCGACAUGGCGUGUCGCUCUGAAGGCUCGCGGGACGUAGGUGCGCAGCUGUUUACUGCUUUGCUAAGGGCGCUGAAUAUUGAAGCAAGGAUGGUCGCCAGUCUACAACCUCUCGGAUUUGGAUGGACAAAAGUGGAAAACUAUCGCGUAAAGGAACAGGAGGCGGCAAUGGCGACGGCGACGGCGACGGGGGUUGCUGCAGAAGUGCUACUAACCGCCAGUGAAGGAAGUAGUGAUGCCGACGCCCCGUCGCCCAAAUCUAGUAUGCGGCGAUUAAAGAAGAAAGAUAAUCUAGUUCCAGGCAAGAGAUUUGACAGCGAUCUUCCCUUCCCGAUAUAUUGGACUGAGGCGGUUUCACCAGUCACACAUGAAAUAAUUCCAGUUGAGGCUCUAAUUUUACCGAGCACCAAUGCUGUCGCGACAACGCCUGAGCUUUUAUCCUCAUUUGAACCGCGCGGCAUUAAAGCUGAAAAGGCGAAGCAAGUAAUUGCAUAUGUGGUCGCAUACUCACCAGACGCAACCGCCAAAGAUGUCACUACCAGAUAUCUCAAGCGGCAUACCUGGCCGGGGAAGACCAAGGGUUUCCGCAUGCCUGUUGAGAAGAUCCCCAUGCAUGGCGGUAGAGGGCCCGCGCGAUAUUUCUUCUACGAUUGGUUCAAAGGUGCAAUGAGGGGAUACGUACGGCCAGAGGACAAGCGAACUAUCGUUGACGAGAAGGAGGAUGCGAAGGAUCUCAUUCCGAACCAGCCUGAGAAAAAGAUUCAAAAGAAGGAAGGAGAUACAUUACAGAGCCUGCGGAGUUCUACGGAGUUUGUCCUUGAGCGGUUUCUACGUCGUGAGGAGGCUAUACGGCCCGGCGCACGGCAUGUCCGAACUUUUACCUCGGGCAAGGGAGACAAGAUGAAAGAAGAAAAAGUUUAUAAGAGGUCAGACGUUGAGAAGUGUCUUUCCGCGGAAAGCUGGCACAAGGAAGGUCGGCAGAUUAAGGUCGGAGAAGCCCCAUUGAAGCUUGUCCCAAUACGCGCAGUAACAAUAACGCGGCAACGUGAAGUUGAGGAGGCAGAACGGGAGAGCGGUGAGAAGCAAAAACAGGGCUUAUACGCCCUUUAUCAGACAGAAUACAUCAUUCCCCCACCAAUUAAGGACGGGAAGAUCCCGAAAAAUGCCUACGGGAACAUCGACUGCUUCGUCCCUUCUAUGAUCCCAAAAGGCGCGACACACAUCCCCUGGCGCGGGACGGUGCGGAUCUGCAAGAAGCUAGGCGUCGAUUACGCGGAGGCGGUUACUGGGUUUGAGUUCGGGAGUAAAAUGGCCGUGCCCGUCAUUGAAGGGGUGGUUGUGGCAUCUGAGAACGCGGGCCUUGUCAAGGAUGCCUGGCGCGCAGAGGAUGCUGAACGGCGUAAAAGGGAAAAGCUGAAGCAUGAUAAACUUAUUCUUUCGACGUGGAGGAAGUUCAUUAUGGGGCUGCGGAUUGCUGAGCGCAUUCAGGCGGAAUAUGGGAGUGGUGGUGAUGGGGAGGAGCAGAAUCCGUUUGCCAAUGGUAACGGGCGAUUCGAUCGCAAUAUUCCUCCUGUCGAUACUGGCUUUGAAUGGGAAGACAGAAGGAGGGAACCUGUUGAUGAGGGCGGUGGGUUUUUAUUGCCUGGUGAGGAUGGUGAGCUGGCGCAUGACGGGGGCAUAGUUGAUGAGAGGGAAGAAGAAUCUACGUCGCGGAUAGCAAGCGAUAUCGGAGAUGCAGAUUGUGGCGGAAGCGACAUCGAUCCAACAUCUGAGUUGAGUGAUGCUGUAUCUGUUAUCUCUGUUCGUUCAACGCCCUGA